AUGAAUGAGGCGGAGGAUCCCCGUUCGGAAGACCACGAAGUUCAAGAACAGGAGAAGUCACACGAUGGGAAUGAAGAAGAAACCGGGAAUGAGCAUGAUGAGGACGAAUCUCAACCACUUCCACCAGAAAGCUUUUUCUUCAGUCCAAAGCAAUAUGGGAAUAGUUGCAAGAUAGCAUCGAGAUGUUAUGUGAAGGAGACAGUGAAUGAGAUAAAGAAGUAUCCUAAUGAGUUGGAGUUUUUCAGAAAGCAUCCUCAGUUCAAGCAUAUAUUUCACAUCAGAGAGGAGCCAAACCGCAAGUCGCAAGGACUAUGGAUGCUGCUACUUCAUCAUGCUAGGACGGAGAAGGAGAAUGAGCCGUGGUUUGUGGUCACUGGAGUACCGAUCAGGUAUUCUAUCAAAGAGCAUGCCUUGUUAACUGGUCUAGAUUGCCACGACUACCCAAGAAACUACAAGGAUCUCAAGAGUAAGAAGAAAGGCGAUUAUAAGUUUGUGAAAAAGUGGUUUGGAAGGUCAACGGGGAUAACAAUAGCAGAUGUUGUAGCCAUGCUAGGUUCAAUGAAUAGCUCGGUUAACAAGAAGAAGAUGGCGCUUCUGUACUUCCUGAGCAAUGUGUUAAAGGCAAAGUCUAAGGUGGAGGGGAAUAUAGAGCCUUUUCUGCUGAAAGUUGUUGAUGAUUUGAAGCUGUGCGAAACAUUUCCAUGGGGCCGCUAUACAUUUGAUGAUUGUAUUGCCGAGGUGAAGAAGAUAAUGAAUAAGUUCAAGAGAGGCAUCGUGAAGAAGGGAGAUACAUGGUGCUUCUCAGGUUUCAAUCUACCUCUGGAGGCUUUUGCAUUUGAGUGUAUCCCUGAGCUGGGACGUACAUUUCGUGAGAGGGUAGAGGCAGAGGAAGAAUGUCCCAGGUUGUGCAAGAACAUGUUCAAGGAGACGCAUAUGAAGGGAUAUCCUUUAUCUUCUAUUAAUGACGCGAUCGGAACCAGCAAGAAUAUCAUUAGCAUUUUGGAACCCACCCCAGAUGAGGAAACUCUGAUGGAGCGUAUCAUAGAGGCUGGUUGUGAUGAUGGCAUAGGCUAUGUGGAUCCUAUUGUUGAGGGUUGGAGAAGCCAUCUAAUCGAUAAGAAGAAGAAGAUAUUUUGGGAAUCCUUGUACGAGGCUGAUGUGGCAGGGAGAGAGUUUACCGAGAAUGAAGAUGAAGAACCCGAGAUGAGGUCUGACGUUGUGGAGCUUAAGGAAGUAAUAAAGGCAUUCAUGGAGAGAAUGGACGUGAUUGAAGCAGUGGCAAAGGAAAUAAAGGACACGGUUGGGGCUAUGAAUACGAGACUCAUAGGUUUGGAGAGCUUUGUGAAGGAGCAAAGAGGCAAAGCUGUAGAAAGUGGAAGAAGAGGCUGA